AUGGAAAAAUAUGCUACACCUGAAGAUGUUGCAAUCACCAAAGCUGGGAUAAGCAUUACACUUGAUGGUGUUGCCGGAGUUGAUCAAAAAUCAAACCAGUUUUGGGAGCGGGUAUUUGAUACCUAUGUAAGAAGCUUGGGGAAUAAGUAUGAUAGGAGUGUUCAUAAGUUGCAAAAUAGAUUUGGUACCUUGAAAAAAUAUGUCAAAAAGUGGGUUGGUAUCUUAAGAAAUUUGCAUAGAAACAAUGCAAGCGGAUGCAGAAUUGAUGAUCUUGAGAGAAAAGCUAGAUUGGAAUAUAGUAAGGUUAGCAAGGGAAAACCUUUUGGAAAUGAAGAGGUGUACCGACUUUUCAAAGCCCAUGUUCCCGGAUUCAAUCCCGAAGAAUUUGAUCCUACCCAAAAUGAGGAAGAUGAAUCGGAGGCUCCUAGUGUUAAUGCUUCAACAAGUAGUGCUCCGACAAGAAGCGACCCAAGAUGGCUUGAAGAGGAUGGACCUCGUCGACCAACGGGAAAAAGGGCUCAACAAAGGGAAGCUUCGGAUCUAUAG